AUGGAUCAAAUCCUGAGUUUAGUGACUCAGUAUACCGAUAAGAGACAUGAAGACGAUUUCAUUGAUCGACUCAACUUUCAGUACACUUCAUAUGUUUUCGCUCUGUCAGCAUUGAUUAUUGGAUAUAAUACAUAUUUCGGCACUGCAAUUUCCUGCUGGACACCAGCUGAAUUCAAAAAAGGAUGGGUCGAAUACACUCGAGAUUACUGUUUGAUUGAAAAUACGUACUACGUUCCGAUUGAAGAUCCAAACAUGCCACCGGAAAGAUAUAGAGAAGAGAGAGAACUCACAUACUACCAAUGGGUUCAAUUCAUUUUGGUAUUCCUUGCAUUCCUCUUCUAUCUUCCGUAUUUAUACUGGAGUACAGUCAACUGGUGGUCUGGUCUUCAAGUGAAAGCAGUUGUGGAUGAAGCAUGCAAACUGGAUAAAACAGAUGUACAAAGUCGAGAAAAACAGAUUGAAAGAAUUGCAAAUCAUUUGAAAAAAUAUAUUGAUAGACAAGGAAGAAAGAGUCCAAUUCCGUUCAUUCCAAAUGCAAUCGGAAGAAAUUGGGUGUCGUUCAAUUAUGUUUUGACGAAGGCAUUGUUCGUUGUCAACUUGAUGGCUCAAAUGAUUUUGAUUCAUUUCUUCCUUGGAUUCGAUAUCGAUGAUUUCUUAAGUCUCCGUGUUGGUUUCGGUAGCAAUUGGAUUGCAAAUGGAAUUUUCCCAAGACAAACUAUGUGUGAUUUCGAGGUCCGCAAAAAAGGAAGUAUUCAAAAAUACAGCGUACAAUGUGUUCUCUCGAUGAACAUGCUGAAUGAGAAGAUUUUCCUUGCUCUUUUCUAUUGGCUGCUUGCUCUUCUUCUUCUCACAAUUUGGAAUCUCGUCUCUUCAUUCGAACAUUUCUUCCGUGAUUCCUCCAGAAAAGCUUUCGUUAGCAGAAUGCUCAGUGCUGGUGGUCACGGAUCAACAGAUGAUGAGGUUGGGAGUCAGAGCGAUGAGAAAGUUCCACUUGUUGAGAGACCAACUAACUACACGAACGACUACAAUCGAGCUCUUUCAAUCAAUCGAGAUGUCGUUGUUGUUCUUCAUCUAAUCGCGAAGAAUGCGGGAGAUAAUAUUCAUAAUAUAAUUGGCGGUGAUUGCUGCGGCACCGACGUCUAUUUCCAACGGGAUACCACAUUUUUGUGUUGUGAUCAGACGUUAUCAGUAAAAACGACUCCAGAUGAUGUUUGUUGUGGCAAUUCCACAUUUGACGGCGGUGUUCAACAGAUGUGUUGCGGGAACUCUGUGUUUGAAUCAUCUGAAUACAACUCUUGUUGUCAAUUGAACAAUGGUACCGCCCGUCCUUAUCACUCAUCAACUCAUGUUUGCUGUGAUGGUCCAUUAGAGAAAUCAUCAACCGUCCGAGCAUGUUGUUAUCUUCGGAAUGAAGACGGAAAGUUUAGAGAUACGCAAUACGACAAAACGAAACAAUGCUGCAAGUAUCCGUAUGACAAAAUUUAUUCAAUGGGAAAGAAUAAAAGUUGUUAA